UCAGGCAGAUUCAGCUGUGACUAACCCGGACCACUUUGUUAGUGUACACGUGUCCUUCCGCCGGCUGUAAACACUGAUUAUUAAACAGCCGUUUCUAACAAGCGGGAUUACAGUGUCCGAGGCGUGAAAGAACAUGCCCAAGAAUAAAGGGGGAAGUUAUCCACUUGUCUCCCCUGGACAAGUCCCCCUCCUCCAUCAUGGCAUCGUGCAGUAGUACGCUGUCAUUUUCUGAGAAGAUUCAGGAAGUAUACAAGAACUUGUCGUCAGGAUCACACCCUACUGGACUCUCAAUACAGCAAAAAACGGACUUUCGAGCCAGAGCUUCAACCUACGACCUGCAGAAUGGAAGUGUUCUGCAUACAGUCAGAGAUGCCUUCCCAUAGAAAAAGUCUUAUUACUGGAAAACAUCUCAAAGCCAAUACUAAAAGACAAAGGUCCCGUCGGGCAGCUGAGUCUUCAUCAGAGCGAGAGCGACGCCUAGCACAAAAUGCUGCAGCGAUGCGAGCAAGAAGACAAAAUGAGACAUCAACAGAAAGAGCUCAGCGCCUAGCACGAAAUGCUGCAGCGACGCGAGCAAGAAGACAAAAUGAAACAUCAACAGAAAGAGCUCAUCGCCUAGCACAAAAUGCUGCAGCGACGCGAGCAAGAAGACAAAAUGAAACUUCAACAGAAAAACUAAAACGGCAGGCCACUGAUGCUAUUCAGCAUCGCACUAGAAUUCAAAAUGAAAAUGAGGCUCAGCGAAAAUUACGUCUUCAGCAAAGGGCUGAGAGACGCAGACAGAGACUAUACCCACAACGUUAUGCUGUUGUUAGGCAAAAGUCUCCAGAAGUUGAGCCGUUUUAUAUGGGAGCAAUGGAUACUUUGUGUGACAAAUGUGGAGCACUGAGAUUUCCCAAUGAAGCUCAGAGCUGCUGCUUGUCGUCGGAGCAACUGCUUGUCAGAGGCGGAGCUGGGGCAGGAAAUGGAAACUGGGAUGCCACCAGUGGGAUGGACCAGAUCACAGUGGUGCGAAUAGACGACACACACAUCACAGGGGAGCAGGUGAACCCUGGCGGCACUGUGUGCUACGAGAUGGAGUGUACGAUGCCUACAGAGGAGGUGGUAGCAGAGGACGAUGAAGAGGAGGACAAUGUCUUCGUCAUUGAAUAUUCCAACCCUGAGGAGGAGGGAGAAAGUUACCAGUUCACAAUGUCUGUAGACAGGUCAGUUCCUGCUAAAAAGCCGAUAGUCAAACAUCCUGUAGUCAGAGAACACACCAGAGAGCCACUGCCUGUGAUGCAAAAGCCUAGAACCCAGGUGAGGAGGAAGCCGAAAGUGCAGGAAGAGGAGGAGGAACAAGAAGAACAACAAGAGGUGAAGUUUGAGAGGAAAAGGCGUAUGUUGGAGUGCGAAGAGGCCAACAGCAGCGUCAGGGAAGUGAAUAAAAGUGAAAGAACACUGAAAUGUCCACUGUGUCCAUCACCUGGAAAGUUCUUCAGGCGAGCGUCAGGUUUGGCUGUCCAUUUGAAACACAUGCACCACAAGGAGGGCAACAAGACGUUCUUCUGCAUCACCUGCAAGCAAACAGUCCGCUCGCAGGUCGAACUGGAUGCACAUACACGACGCCAUGCCAUCAAGGAGGCGGUGUUCACGUGUCUUCUUUGCACAACGGAAGGCGGAGAGAAGAAGGCGGCGGGCUACAGAGGGACGAGGCUCAGCCUGAAGAGCCACCUGAAGACGGAGCAUCCAGGUAUCAUCCCUCGCUGCGACAUCUGCAACAGGGGCUUCAAAACACUCGAUACGUACCUGGCGGAUCAGUUCAGGCAUGUUGGCGUGUCACCGUACUACUGCGCCGAAUGUAAGAUCUACGAAAUGACGGAGAGGGGGCUGGCCCUACACAUGAAGAACGACGAGAAGAAGAAGAAGAAGAUGCAGCAGCCGAAGUCGGGUGAAAAGCAGCUGCAGAUGUGUGGCGAUAACUCAGCCACAGACGACUCAGACUUCUGAUCCUGUUUUGUAUUUUUAGACCAGAGGAUGUUGUAGAUCGGUCCUUUGUGUUCAAUCUGUCUCAGGUUUUACUCCUGGAUUUGUCUAAUGCAAGUUUAGACCGUUGGGCUAAAAGAAAGUAUGGCUUGUUUUAAGCCAAAAAAGAAACAUUUUCAUAAAGACGUUUGGAAGGUUAGGGUUCAGGUCAGGGUUAUUUUAGUUAUUGAAAACUAAAACUAGCAAUGAAAAAAGAAUUUUGUUAACUGAAAUAUAAAACCUAAAAGUUUUCAAGAACAGGUAAAAUACAUAAAAAUUGCAAUGAACAAUGCAACACGAACCAAAAUGAAAUAAUUUCAGGUAAAAUCAGCUUUGAUUUAAAUUUCACCCUUAAUUCACACUCGUAUCUAAAACAGAGAUGACACAGUAACAGACUUGUUUUUUUGUUUUUUUUUUCCGUCCUUUUAUUAUGUCAUGCCUUCUCUCCUUAUACAUUUUUCCACUUCUAUAAAUAAACACCUUUGUCAUAAUACUUGGAAAAAAUAAAGCCAACAUAAAUCAAAAUUAAACUGAAGUAGCCAAAAAACUAUUUAUGCACUGGUAAAAAUGAAGUAUACUUGUUGGAUGUUUUAGACCAUAAAAGGGUUUUAGGUUGGUUUAUGGUGUUAGGAAAGGCUCAGUUUUGCUCUCUAAUGAAAGAAUGGUUUAUUUUAUAGGAUUUAUUUUUCAAGUUUGAUAUUAAAAAAACUGCGUUAAUGCUCACUGAUAGUUUUUUAAUCCUAAACAGACUACUGACUAAAGGCAAGGUGAGAAUAUGUGGAAUUCAAUCUAACUGCUGGUCAAAGUAACACUGCUAUCAUAUUGUGUAUUUAUGUUUUUUAAAAUAAGAGACAAUAGUCAUUUUAUUGAAAUGUUGAUGACACAAUGAACUGCCAAAAAAUGUUUGUCAGUCUGAAAGUUGCAUCCUUGACUGCAUUCAGAUACAGAAGAUUUGGAUCUUCUCUGUAAAUCUAACUCACUGCUGACGUAUAAUCCUUUCAGUUUAUAUCUUAUGUUAGACCGAUAGAUCAGAACAGCCACAGCAAAACCAUGAAUCAACUCCACAAGCUGUCACUUGUCUCACAAAAUACACAUUGUGUUCACUUCAGAUAUACCAUGUAUUCUGUGGAUAAUAUGU